AUGACGCAAAAGACUCGCAGGGCUAAUACUCGGUUGCCAAGAAAACCGCUUACUAACAGUACCAAUACACCAAUACCGACGGUAGCGACCGAAGAGGCUCAACAGGAGCCUCUGGAAACGGACCAGCACCUGGUACGCGAGGUGCCUGAGGAGGUUCACGAAGAACCUCGGCCCACAGCAGGAGACGGCCGUAAGGAACCUCCAGCAGAUGCUUUGGUUGAGGCACAUGAGGACGCUCAAUUGCCACCCGCCCAUGACGAUGGUGCAAAUGAAGCUGUGAGCUCUCCUUACUCCUUCCGUGGGAAGCGUAAGUACUGGGGACCUGACGGAGAGUCCCUGCUGCCAACAGAGAGGCACAAAUCUAUCUCCAAAAAGAAGAAGGAUCAUAUAGGAAAGGAUCCUCAACGAAGCCGUAAGGCUCGAAGGACUUCGCAAGGAAGCUACAAGGCUCGACAAAAGUAA